AUGGGUCUCAGAGCUGUGCAGUUGGGCCUCAGAGCCUGGGAGUUCCUAUGGUCACUGCUCAUUAUGGCCCUCGUCGGUAACAUGAUCGCCGAAUCCUUCUCCGGGAACCCUGGGACGGUAAACUACGCGAUCUAUACAUCAGUGUUCUCAAUGUUCACGCUGUUCUAUCUGAUCCCGGCCUCGUUCAACAUCGACUGGUCCGGCCACCCGCUUAUCAUGAUCAUCAUCGACGCUCUGAACUGCAUCUUCUUCUUCUGCGCUGCCAUCGCACUUGCUGCCAAGCUCGAAUGCCACUCUUGCAGCAACCAUGAGUACCUCAAGCACAACGAGAUCACCAAUGGCUCACACAACAUGUCUAAGCGCUGCCGUGAGGCCCAGGCCUCUGUUGCUUUCCUCUGGUUCGCCUGGGCGGGCUAUAUGGCCUCCGUGAUUGUCUCUCUGUUCAUGUCCCGUUCUGCUGGCACCAGCUCGCGUGGCCGCACUGGCAGUGGCCGCCGAAACACCCCCAACAUGGCCCAGGUUUAA